AUGGGAAGAAAGUACAGCCACUGGGCUGCAACACUGACCUUGAGGUACGAAGACCAUCCUCCCCUCCUUGUCCUCGUCCUCUUCUACCUCCUUCCCCCCUCCUCCUUCUCCUCCUCCUCUUCUGCUCUCUCAAGGUCAAGAGCUACAAAAAAGGCGUCCUUCAGAUUUGCUCUCCCCGUGCCUCGCCAAGUGAGCUUUGGUGACCCACAUUCAGGACACAACACCCUUGGUAUGGAUUUUUUGUCCCCCAAAGCCCGCGAACGCGGGUGCGUUAGUCAGCUGGUGGCGGUGGGACCUGCCAAUGCCAACCCAAAAGUACUGCCCAUGUCCUAA